CUUAGUGCUGUUGCCUAUAAAUAGGGAACAUCUCAGUCUUUCACCAUCAGUCUGACCGUUUUGGCUUUCAAUCGUGCGUCACGGACCGACACUUCGCAACAUAAAUAAGACAAUGAGAGCGUGUACUGUUUUAUGCUUAUUGUUAUGUAUAUCAGCAACAAGUGCAGCUUAUCGACGCAUUUGCUACUUCACCAACUGGGCCCAAUACAGACCUGGAAAAGGCAGUUUCAAACCAAAUGAUAUUGACCCAUCACUUUGCUCCCACAUCCACUAUGCUUUUGCAAAAUUAAAUGGUAAUUCAUUGGCUCCAACAGAGAAGAGUGAUCUUUCUAUAAAUGGUGGACAAGGAAUGUACCAACAAGUGAUUAAUUUGAAGAAAACUAAUCCUGGUUUAAAGGUUGUUCUAACUGUAGGUGGAUAUAAUGUGGGUAAUGGGCCUUUUUCUGCCACAGCUGCUGUACCAGAACACAGGUCGGGUUUUAUUUCACAGGCGAUCUCUUAUCUCAGAAAACAUAAAUUCGAUGGAUUGGAUAUUGACUGGGAAUAUCCACUGUCGGGAGACAAAGCUAAUUUUGCUGAAUGGGCAAAGGAAUUACGAGAAGCAUUUGACAAAGAAGCAAAACAAAAAGGGAAGAAACCACUCAUUCUGACAUGUGCAGUAGCUGCUGGAAAAGGAAAAAUUGAUGCUGGAUAUGAUGUCCCAGCUCUUGCUAAAUACAUGGAUUAUAUAACAAUCAUGACAUAUGAUUUACAUGGUUAUUGGGACCGCAAAGUUGGAGAGAAUGCACCACUGCAUGCAGCUUCAUAUGAAACAGGUUAUGGCCGUCAACUAAAUGUGGAAUGGGUCAUGGACUACUGGGUUUCAAAAGGAGCACCAAAGGAAAAAUUAAAUGUGGGUUUGGCCACAUAUGGAAGAGGUUACACUUUAUCCAGUGCUGCAAAUUCUAAACCUGGAGCUCCAUCAAGUGGACCAUCACCUCGUGGUAAAUAUACUGGAGAAGAUGGAUUUUUGGCUUAUUAUGAAAUUUGUACAAUGAAGACAGGAAGCAACUAUCACUGGAUGGAUCAAGCUGAAGUACCCUAUAUUGUCAAGGGUAGGACUUGGGUUGGUUAUGACAAUGUCAAGAGUUUGAAAAUAAAGGUAAAAUGGCUGAAAUCCCAAGGAUUUGGUGGAUUAGCUGUUUGGACCAUCUGCUUGGAUGAUUUCAACGAUAUUUGUCAAAAGGGAAAAUAUCCUCUCAUGAAAGCAAUUAAUCAAGAACUUGGGUCAUCUUCAUCUUCAGGUGUGCAGGAUGUCGUAACCUCUUCACCUCCAGCUCAGACACAGACACAGAAACCAGGAAACGGGGCGUCAUCUAGUGCCAGUUGCAAAGGCAAGGCACCGGGGAGCUAUGCAAUCCCAGGAGACUGUAAAAACUAUAUGAUAUGUUCUAAUGGAAUUAAACAAGUACUUCCCUGUCCUCCUGGAACAUCUUUCAGCACAGCCAUUAAAACCUGUGACUUCUCUUCAAGUGUGCCCGGAUGUUAAAGUUUGUUUGCUAUUAAGAUACUAAAUGAAAAGAAGAAAUUAACAAAACUGAAUGUAAUUGGAAAAUAAAGAAAAAUGUUAAGAAAUGAAA